AUGAACGUCAUGAAUUCCCCCCUCGACCUCCGUUCUCGCGACGACCAUGUCAGGCUUCUCCUUGAUCAGCGUGCCGCACGCGCAGACCUCCACGGACACGGACGUUUCCCCUCCCUCUCAGAAUUCUCAGACUCGCCCUCUGUAUACAGCCACCCGCACUUCUCCCCACGUCCCUCUGACAGAGCUCCUCACGACGGCGGCCAGCCCUUCCGCUUCCCGCAGAGCUCGCAUCCCUACAGCCCAUCUCUAGCUGAGCCGCGCUCGCCCAUCUCGGACAGGGAGCGUCUCAACAUUCCCACCGCUAGCAGUCUAGACCUCGAAGACGACCCUCGCUUAUCCUCGGACUACGGCAGCAUGCAUAACGGCGACGAUUCGUCCCCCGAAGAGGACGGGGAGGAGGAGGUCCCGCGAAUCAAUAUGUACGGUCCCAAAAUGCGCUUCCACUCCCCCGCGCCUUGGGAAGAAGAUGAAGAGGAGCUCUCGCGAGAUAGCCUCGACGAACCGUCGAAGCGAUCGAAGAAGAAGGGCGAGUCUGGCAAGAAAGGUUGGGGACUGUCCAGAGGAACCAGCGAACCCCGGCCAAGCAACGACUCUUCCACUUCGAGCAGGCCCAAACAGUCGUUCGAGACCUCGUCCACACUCUCCGCUGCUGGCGCUUUAGCUGCGCUCGCCCAGGCAUCCAUGUCCUCCACGUCCCUGGCCAUCAAUCCGUCACCGCAAUCACUGCGGGACAAGCUGUCGCUGCCGCGCCUCAGAUCCCGCACGCCGUCCAGCGGCGGUCACGUCGAUGCGCACUCGAACAACGCCUCCCCCAUCUCCCGCAUGACGUCCCCCGCGGAUGCCGAUGCGGACGACCGCUCGUUUGGCUAUUCCUCAACACGAUCUGCGACGCCACAGCAUAUGGAGUACACGCACCCGUACGCCAACCCAGAUCUCGUCCGCGUCGCGACACACGAUCUCCCUUUGGCGUCGCCCAACUUUCAGACAACGUUUGGGGCCAACAGGGGGGAUUCAAAUGCGACGCUCACCGACACGACGACACACAGCAGCAGCAUGUCUCAGUUCCGCUCGACGACCACCCUCUCGAUCACCCCUGGGACGUCGACCACGUCGGUGAGCCCGAGCCUAAACGACUCCGUGUCGUCCACUACCAAGGUCGGGGGCAAGGGCAUCUCUGGUCCUAUGCCGGUCGACAAAUCGUCACUGCCCAUGUCGGCGCUUAGUAUGCUUAACGGUGUACCGGGGUCUCCCAUCGUUGCAUCGACGCCCUUGAGUCCCGCCCGGACGCGAGAGAACACGUUGUCGGCCGUUCCCAUGGGUGGUCUGCCAGCGUGGCAUGAGAGCAGCGGUGGCGGUGGGGCCCUCAAGCUCAUCUCGCUAGAGGAAGCGCAGGCGCAGGCCAGAGAACGCUCGCGGACAGCACAACCAGCAAUUUCCAGCCCCUACGCCAGCACAUCCAAGACCCAGUUGCCAGACCCAGAUUCCGACGGUUCGCAGCGCGUGCAGGGACGGGCGCGCUCCACCAGUGCAGGUGCAAGCAAGGGACGACACCCGCUCCCUAUGGCGGGCGACUCCUCGCCUGGGGGACAUCCUAGCGGGCCUCAUAGGCAGGUGGCACGGAAGAAGAGCGGUUUCAUGCGUCUGUUUAAUGGCAAGGACCGAGAUCGAGUGUCGCCUGGCUCGCCUCCGCCUCCGGUGCCGUCACUGGCGAAUGACGCAUUCGCGGCUAACCCACAGCAGCCGAUGCCGCCCCCACAAUACUCACGGCCCCGGCAGGGCUCUGCCACCCACCGCGUACCUGUCCCGUCCCUGUCUCCCAGCACGCUGGGCGACUCCGCCGCCAAUUCUGGGUCCAGUAUCGGGUCAGGGUCCUCCAACGAGUCUUCUCCUGCCGCGACCGCCUUACCUCCUGCCACCGCUACCGCCAUGCGCGAACAGCAACUCAGUGCUCGCCGCAAAGUCCCCGAUCUCUCGAUCGUCACCUCUUCGCCUCCGAUGGGUGGCUUAACCGCGAAGGUGCCGUAUACGGCGCCGCUCUCUGCGGGCGCCCACGACAUGUCGCAUCAUUUGACGCCAACCAUCUCGCACGCGGACAAGGCGAAGAUUGGAGCAUUCCCAUCUAGCGCACCGCCAUGCAAGACGGACUUCGUCGGGCUCAGCAUACGCCCAGUGUCUACGCUCUUCAGCCGCGAACUCAAGGAGCAGCUUUCCGUCGCAGACGACGCAUCCCUUCGGACGCGGCCAUCGCUCGAGGUCGACACGGGUACCCCCACGACCGCCGCAACCGCCAUCUCCCCACUGAGCCCAGACUUCCACCCCCACGGCAAGUACGGGCGUGCGAGCGACGAGAAGUCGGGUCCCAUGAUCGCGCAGGACGACCAGUCGAGCGUGAUACAGGCGCUGCAGGAGCAGAUACUCACCGCACGUCGCGCGUGGCAGCGCCAGAUCUGGGAACUCGAAGGCCAGGUGCGCGAUCUCAAGGCGGAGGUCGAGGAGCUCCGUGCGGUCGAGGGCAGCGCGGACUACUGCGCGUCUUGUGGCCGCGGAGGUGGCGGCGGCCGUCGACCCGGUGGGGAUGACGGACGUAACGUCGAGGAGCUUAGGCGAGCAGGCGUAAAGACUGGCGUCGUCAACCGUCCAAGGGCGCGCACAGGCGUCGGCUCGCGGUUUGCGAGCGGCACCUAGCUGCUAGCUGUCGCCCGAUGGCUAUAUGCGUGUUCGAUGGCCGCGGCCACGGGUUUUCUGGUGCGUGCGGUGUCACGCCUUCCUCUCUUUCGUACAUACUAUGCGCUCGUUCUUGGCCGUUCCCUUUUUGCGGAAUAGACCGACCCGGCCGGAGACCGGUGUUCGCGAGGGACGCUUUCGUUCAACACAUCUACCCUUUGUUUAUUUCUAUUAUCUUGUAAUCCCCUGCACACGCACGCCGUUGUGCGUCCACACACCCUCAUUUUAUCUGCCUCUCUAUCCUCACGACGAUUCCGAUAUUCCGCUUGAUACCACCCCUAGAGUAUAUUUGUACGUCGUAAUGUGUCCCAGUAUCGCUUUGUCCGCCGCCCCGGGGCUUGUCCUCACCCACCCACUCCAACGCUCCUUCACUCGCUCGCUCGCACAUAUCCCUGGAUCCCCCUC